CGACUGCGAUUGGGCGACAUAACGAGGCGACGGAGAGCCCAAGCAAUAUUUGCACACGCGAGCAUAUUUCAUUCACACGGAUCUUUUCUUACGGGGAUCAAACUGUGUGUACACUGCAAAAGAUGGCGGCGUGGUCUGAAAGCUUGUUGUCUCGGUAGACAGUUUCCGGGUAUUUCACCGGAAUUAGUGUACUGUAGACCAUCCAAAAUGACAGAACAGUGUGGAUGAGGAGGUUUGUUCGAUGCAGGCGAUAAAGCGAUAUAUUUGGGUGUCUGUAUGUGGUUUUCUCCUUGUUGUGGGUUAUUUAUGUCUGGGACGGCGACAUGCUGGUGAAGGUACCAUAUCCCAAAUCGGGACCCGAGGGUUUCUCGACCCUAGUGACUACCAUGGGUUUUCCGAGGACGACCACACAUCUCCAAAACGGAGGAGAGCUACGGCCACGCAGCAUAAAAAACAGAGGUGCCGAAUGGAAACGUGCUUCGACUUCAACCUCUGCAAAAAUGGUUACAAAGUUUAUGUGUACCCGCGUCAAAACGCUUACCCAAUGUCAAACUCAUACUCCAAGAUCCUCACAUCGGUACAGGAGUCGAGGUUUUAUACCCCGGAUCCCAAGGAAGCAUGUGUGUUUAUUCCCGCCAUAGAUACUCUGGAUCAAGAUGUGCUUAGUGUAGAUUUUAUUCGAGAUGUACAGGUAAAGUUAGAAGCUCUCCCGUACUGGAACAAUGGGAGAAAUCAUAUUAUAUUUAAUCUCUAUUCCGGUACGUGGCCGGACUACGUGGAAAAUUUAGGUUUUGAUAUAGGUGAAGCAAUUUUAGCCAAAGCUAGUAUGUCAAUUUGGAAAUUUAGGCCAGGAUUUGACGUUUCUUUCCCUCUUUUUGCCAAAGAACAUCCUCAAAAGGGGGGUGAAAAAGGUUACCUCGGUGCCUCAUCAAAUAACAUCCCUUCAUCCAGAAACUAUCUUCUAGCAUUCAAAGGAAAGCGGUACCUUACUGGCAUCGGAUCGGACACUAGGAAUGCUUUGUAUCAUAUUCAUAAUGGAAAGGAUAUUGUGUUAUUGACAACUUGUAGACAUGGGAAAGGGUGGCAGAAGAAUAAAGAUGCUCGAUGUGAGAAGGAUAAUUCAGAAUAUGACAAGUAUGACUAUAAGAAGUUAUUAUACAAUUCCACAUUCUGCCUUGUGCCAAGGGGGAGAAGACUGGGGUCAUUCAGGUUUUUGGAAGCUCUUCAAGCUGCCUGUGUUCCAGUAUUGCUUAGUAAUGGAUGGGAGCUGCCCUUCGCUGAGGUCAUCGACUGGACGAAGGUGGUCAUCUGGGGCGACGAGAGGCUCCUGCUUCAGAUGCCGUCCAUAGUGCGCUCCAUCACUGAGCCUGAGAUCAUGAAGCUCAGGCAACAGACACAGUUUAUUUGGGAGGCCUACUUUUCCUCCGUUGAUAAGAUAAUAGGAACAGUUUUAGAGAUAAUCAAAGACCGGAUCUCCAGUCAGAUGAGACGGUCCCUCAAGUUGUGGAAUACGGUUCCUGGUGCUACAGCCAUCCUCCCGGAGUACGCAGAUGUCAUGCAGUCUUUCCCCUUCUACUAUCGCCACCUAGGGGUGACCCCCAGAACUAAGUUCACUGCUGUAAUAUAUGCAACCUCCCCUGUGAUGUCUGCAACUGCCUCACCGCUGUUCAAGCUGUUGCGGAAUGUCGCAAGGUCCUCAUAUAUACAAAAGGUUAUUGUGCUAUGGCAAUGUGACAUACCACCCCCUCCAUCACACAGGUGGCCCGCAGACCUGGGAGUCCCUGUCUUAGUCAAGACAAGGAACAUUAAGACUAUUAGCGCUAGAUUUCAUCCAUAUAAAGAAAUAGAAACAGAUGCUGUGUUUAGUCUGGAUGAAGAUGCAUUGCUCACAACAGAUGAAAUUGACUUCACUUCGCAUUUAGUGUGUGGCAAGAAUUCCCAGAGAGGAUCGUUGGGUACCCAGCCAGGAACCACUACUGGGAUGACAGCAAGAAUAGGUGGAGCUACACCUCCAAGUGGGCCAAUGAGUAUUCCAUGGUGCUGUCUGGUGCCGCUGUAUACCAUAGUUACUACAACUUCCUUUAUACCAACUUACUGAGCAGUGUGUUGA